CUGUGCCUGACCCCUCUCAGUUUUAAAGUCCGAAAUAAAGAAGAAGAGAGAAAAUCUGGAUUCGUGAGGAAAAACCGGAGUAAUGAGUUUUGGGUUUUGUUUUUUUUACAAGCUUACAUAACUUCUUCCGGAACUAAUGAGCACUGAGGGGAAAAUAAAGGAGGGGACACCUCGGCGGAAGUAGCGUGAGUCCCCAUGCGGGAUAAACCGGAACUUGAAGGAUGGACGACGACCUUUGCGGGUCUGCGGGGUGGUUGUUUCUGAUCUGAAAAGGGAGACCACAAAGGGGGACCUCCCCAGGAUUGCGUGUAAUACACACCUGCCAAGGGCAACAUUUUGUCUAUAUAUGUAUAUAUAUUAAAAAACCCAAUUACUUAUAAAUGACGACUUAGUUUGCUACUUGUGUUAAAGACAAUCUUUACGAUCAGGUUCAGUAGGAUGCUUAGGCGACUCGACUUAACUGCGUCUUUUUCUGUAGCAGCUCUCAAGAUACUAGGCAAACAUGCUGCGACGUACAAAGAAGUCGAUACUGAGUCCUUUUAAAGUUUUGGGUUUUCAUGCAGAGUGUAUGUACUACAGAGGAACAAGAGCUGCAGCUGUAAAAUGCUUUCAAGGCUGUUUAAAAAGAAAUUACAGCUUCCCAGCAGAUGAAGUAAAAUCUUUGCGCUCUAUCAUCUCUCCACCUAUAUCUAAAAUCCGCAACAUUGGCAUCAUGGCUCACAUAGAUGCAGGAAAAACAACUACCACAGAAAGGAUGCUGUAUUAUUCUGGGUAUACAAGAACUCUUGGAGAUGUUGACGACGGAGACACUGUGACAGAUUUCCUGGCACAGGAGCGAGAACGUGGCAUCACCAUUCAGUCAGCUGCUGUCACAUUUGAUUGGAAGGGCCAUAGAAUAAAUCUUAUAGAUACACCAGGUCACGUGGACUUCACUCUGGAGGUGGAGCGUUCCCUGAGAGUACUAGAUGGAGCAGUAGCUGUGUUUGAUGCCUCAGCUGGUGUGGAGGCACAGUCUCUGACGGUAUGGAGACAAGCAGACAAGCACCAUAUACCACGAGUUUGCUUUUUAAACAAAAUGGACAAACAUGGAGCAAGUUUCUCCCAUGCAGUUGAGAGUAUCAAGCAGAAGUUGAAAGCAAAACCUCUACUUUUGCAGUUGCCCAUCGGAGAGGCAAAGACAUUUAAGGGAGUCAUUGAUGUGGUGACCAGAGACCAACUCGUUUGGGAAGCUGCAGCCAGAUACAAUGAUGGAAAGACUUUUGAGCGGAAACCUUUGAAAGAAACGGACAGUACGGACUUGUUGAAGGAAGCCACAAAUGCAAGAAAUGCCCUAAUAGAACAAGUUGCAGAUCUGGAUGAUGAAUUUGCUGAACUGGUCCUUGGGAAUUUUAGCGAGAGUUUUGACUCAUUACCAGCUGAUGCGUUACAUUCUGCUGUACGAAGAAUAACCCUAGCUCAGAAAGCUGUACCUGUGUUCUGUGGAAGUGCACUGAAAAAUAAAGGUGUUCAGCCUUUAUUAGAUGCAAUCACCAGGUAUCUUCCUGCACCAAAUGAAUGCAAUUAUGACUUCGUGCAGUGGUAUAAGGAUGACUUGUGUGCACUGGCAUUUAAAGUUGUCCAUGACAAGCAGCGUGGACCACUGGUUUUUUUACGCAUCUACUCUGGCACAAUGAAGCCUCAGUCAGCUGUCUAUAAUAUUAACAAAAAUUGCAAAGAGAGAAUGAGUCGCUUGCUUCUACCUUUUGCGGACCAACAAAUAGAAAUCCCGUCAGUAACAGCUGGCAACAUUGUUCUGACUGUUGGGUUGAAACAGAGUGCUACUGGAGACACCAUUGUUUCAUCCAAGGCUUCUGCAGUGGCUGCAGCAAAACAAGCUGGUCGAAAUGUGGGGUCAAGGUGCGGUCAUACCAGUGGAACAGAGAACCUCCUCUUGGCUGGCAUUGAGAUUCCAGACCCUGUCUUCUUUUGUACAAUUGAGCCACCUUCCAUGGCAAGGCAAGCAGAUCUGGAUAAUGCCUUGGCUUGUUUACAGCGAGAAGAUCCAAGUUUAAAAGUCAAGAUAGAUGCUGACACUGGACAAACUAUUCUUUGUGGCAUGGGAGAGCUGCACAUUGAGAUCAUUCAUGAUCGAAUCAGACGUGAAUAUGGACUUGAGACCUUCCUUGGACCUCUCCAAGUAGCUUACCGAGAAACUAUCCAAAAUUCAGUUCAAGCUGUAGAUACACUGGACAGAACCAUAGGAGAAAAACGACACCAGGUGACUGUAGAAAUGGGACUGAGACCAUGGGUGGGAGAAAUGUCAGCAACGGCACCAAUCAUUGAAUAUGCUGAGAACAUCCAUGAGUCACUUCAACCAGACCUUUGUGAAGCUAUAGAAACUGGAAUUAGGAACUCAUACAUGCAAGGACCCCUUCUGGGAUUCCCACUUCAAGAUGUCGUAGUGACAGUGUAUGCAGUGACAGCAGGUUCUGAUACAUCCCCAACAAUGAUUUCGGCUUGUGUUUCUCGCUGCAUGCAAAAGGCUUUGAAGAAGGCUGAUAAACAAUUGUUGGAGCCUCUGAUGAACUUGGAAAUAACCGUGGGUGAAGCGCACCUUGGUGUAACACUUGCAGACCUCGCACAGAGACGAGGGAAUGUUCAGGAAAUUCAGAGCCGCCAGGACAAUAAAGUUGUGAUUGCAUCGGUUCCACUAGCAGAAAUGAUGGGCUAUUCAACAACUUUGCGAUCUCUGACUUCAGGCAGUGCUACUUUUACAUUGGAAUUGGCAAGCUAUCAAGCAAUGAACCCUAACGAGCAAAACAUGCUGCUUAAGAAGACUGGUUUAGUAUAAUAUCAUAGAUGAACAAGGACUUGCUUUAGUCUGUUAUGUGCUGAUUUAGCUCCAUCUACAGUCAUGUGUUCAAAUGGUACUAUUUUAAGAUGUGCUUACUUGCAUCUUGUGAAAUAAUUGCCAGUUCCAACAAUGCCAGGUCCAGAGUUGUUUCAUAACUGGUACUGAUUAUUUUGUUAUAAAAAGAAAGUUAGAAAUAGGUUUUUUUGACUCACCCAUUUUUUUUCAUUUGCCUCUGUCAAUCUAUUACAGUGGUGCCCCACAUAACGAC